AGAGGACUGUUUUUAAUUUUCGGCACCUCAUACCGCGCAAUGUCCGUUGAAAACUCAGAAAUGGAUACAAAAGAACUCAGAAAGUUAAUUGAAGAUAAAGCAAACGAAUCCAUAGAAGGAAUACAGAGAUUUAGAGAAAUAUAUAGAAGAGAAAUGGCAGAGUGUAAACACUUCGUAAUUGAGAAAGUAUCUGAGUUUUUCGUUGAUUUAGAAGGGAAAAGUCAGAAACAGGAGAACAGUGAUGAUGAAGUAAUUCAGAGGCUCAUAUUAGAACUCAUGGAACAACUUGAAAGCAUAGAUACUCUUUUGAACGAGAUUGAUAUGUGCAAGGAUACACUCUCGAAAUUGAACGAGAUGUUAACUGGAAAAGAGGGUUCUGACUGACAUUAAAAUGAACUAUAAUAUUAACUUUAAUUUGAAACAGAUAAUAGACGAAGUUAUUCCAGAAAUCGACCUGAAUUGUAGAGUUCAGCCAAUUCUGUUUAAUAUUUCAUUUUUUCUAAAAACUGAGCAAUCCUAAUAAAACGUUUACUCUCAAGGCUAUUUUCUUUUUAAAUUUUUU